AUGAUCCGCAGGCUCGGCAGCACCGUGCCUUUCCCGCCGAUGCCGCCGCCGCCCGCCCCGGCCCCGGGGGUCCCCGCCGCGCGCCAGGCGCCCCGGAGGCCCUGCGCGCCGCCUGCGCCCUCGCCGCCCGCCGCCGCCGGGGAGAAGAGGAGGCCCCCGGAGAGGCCCGAGGCGCUCCUGUCCAGCUCCUGGCCCUCGGCCACCCUCAAGAGGCCUCAGGUGCGGCGCGGCCCCGGGCUCGGUCCGGGCCCCGGCAGGGCGCAGCCGCCGGCCCCUCCGCGCGCCCCGGCCACGUGCGCCACAUCCCGGCCGGCCGGCUCCGGCCACAGCCCGGCCCGGGCCACCGCCGCAGGGACCUCCGCUGGGGCCGGGCCCGACGACGGCGGGCGCUUCUCCUUGAGCCUCACCCCCGAGGCCAUCCUAGUCAUCCAGAGGCGCCACCUGGAGAAGCAGCUGCUGGCGCGGCCCCGCAGGCCCUGCCCCUCGCCCUCCGCCCAUCCCAGGCGCCUGCUCGGCCCCUGUCCCCGGGCCGCGGCCGCGGGCCUGGGCCGCCGCCCGCCGCCGCCCCUCGCCCCGCUGCUGCCCGUCGGCCUGCAGCCCCCUGACCCGCGCCCGCUGCUCAAGGUGUCGCUGCUCAACGAGCGGCACAAGUACGACGACGUGGAGUACGAGGAGGAGACCGCGGCCGUGGACGAGGGUCUGGUGCGCAAGUGCGCGGAGUGGCUGCGCGGCGUGGAGUCGGCGGCCGCCGCGCGGGGCCGAGCGCGGGCCCCGGACGCGCUGCCGCACCUGAGCACGCUGUGA